AGAGGUCACGUGGCGGGGAGGGCGGAUGAGGCCGCGCCUGCGCCGUGAGCUCCGGCAGUCGCGAUCCUGGUGAGGGAAGCCGGCGGGCGGUUCCGCGGGGCGAUGAUGGCGGCGGCCGCGGCCCGGGGAGGCGGUGGCGGCGGCUCCGGCUCGGGCUCCGGCGCCGGCGCGUCACGGGGUUUCUAUUUCAACACGGUCCUGUCGUUGGCCCGCUCCCUGGCCGUGCAGAGAUCGGCAUCCCUGGAGAAGGUCCAGAAGCUGCUGUGUAUGUGCCCAGUCGAUUUCCAUGGCAUCUUCCAGUUGGAUGAAAGGCGGAGAGACGCGGUGAUUGCAUUGGGCAUUUUUCUCAUUGAAUCUGAUCUACAGCACAAAGAUUCCGUGGUUCCUUACCUUCUUCGACUUCUUAAAGGUCUUCCCAAAGUGUAUUGGGUAGAAGAAAGCACAGCUCGGAAAGGCAGAGGCACCCUCCCGGUGGCCGAGAGCUUCAGCUUCUGCUUGGUCACUUUGCUGUCUGACGUGGCUUAUAGGGACCCUUCCCUCAGGGAUAAGAUUUUAGAGGCGCUUUUGCAGGUUUUGCAUGUCCUUUUGGGAAUGUGCCAGGCCUUGGAGAUUCAAGAGAAAGAAUACCUCUGCAAGUACGCAGUCCCGUGCCUCAUAGGAAUCUCCCGCGCAUUUGGGCGUUACAGCAACACGGAAGAGUCCCUCCUGUCCAGGCUCUUCCCCAGAGUCCCUCCUCAUUCCCUCCACGUCCCCGAGGAGCUGGAAGGUGUGCGGAGGCGGUCCUUCAACGACUUCCGCUCCAUCCUCCCCAGCAACCUGCUGGCGGUGUGUCAGGAGGGCACCCUGAAGAGGAAGGCCAGCAGCGUGUCCAGCAUCUCGCAGGUCAGCCCUGAACGAGGGGUGCCCCCUCCCAGCUCCCCUGGAGGAUCCACCUUUCACUACUUCGAAGCCUCUUACUUACCUGAUGGGAGUGCCCCGGAGCCCGACUACUACUUCUCCACCAUCAGCUCCAGCUUCUCCGUUUCUCCUCUUUUCAAUGGCAUCACUUACAAGGAGUUCAGUAUUCCCCUGGAGAUGCUCCGGGAACUCAUAAACCUGGUGAAGAAGAUCGUUGAGGAGCCUGUUCUCAAGUCCCUGGACGCAGUCGUAGCCAGCGUGACAGAGGCCAACCCCAGCGCCGACCUCUACUACAGCACGUUCAGCGACCCCCUCUACGUGGCCACAUUCAAGAUGCUGCGGGACACUCUGUACUACAUGAAAGACCUACCCACCUCCUUUGUGAAGGAGGUCCAUGACUUCGUGCUGGAGCAGUUCAACACCAGCCAGGGGGAGCUCCAGAAGAUCCUGCACGACGUGGACCGGACCCACAGUGAGCUGAGCCCCCUGAAGCUGCGCUGCCAGGCCAGUGCCGCCUGCGUGGACCUCAUGGUGUGGGCUGUGAAGGACGAGCAGGGUGCAGAGAAUCUGUGCAUCAAGCUGUCUGAGAAGCUGCAGUCCAAGACAUCCAGCAAGGUCAUCAUUGCUCACCUGCCCUUGCUCAUCUGCUGUCUGCAGGGCCUGGGCCGCCUGUGCGAGAGGUUCCCGGUGGUGGUGCACUCGGUGACGCCAUCCCUGCGGGACUUUCUGGUGGUCCCGUCCCCCGUGCUGGUGAAGCUGUACAAGUGCCACAGUCAGUACCACACAGUUGCUGGCAAUGAUAUAAAAAUCAGCGUAACCAACGAGCAUUCCGAGUCGACCCUGAACGUGGCGUCGGGGAAGAAGAGCCAGCCGUCCAUGUACGAGCAGCUGCGGGACAUUGCCAUUGACAACGUCUGCAGGUGCCUGAAGGCUGGCUUGACUGUGGACGCAGUGAUCGUGGAGGCCUUCCUGGCCAGCCUCUCCAACCGGCUCUAUAUCUCCCAGGAGAGCGACAAGGAUGCUCACCUGAUUCCGGACCACACCAUCCGAGCCUUGGGCCACAUCGCAGUGGCCCUGAGGGACACCCCAAAGGUCAUGGAGCCGAUCCUGCAGAUCCUACAGCAGAAGUUCUGCCAGCCCCCCUCCCCCCUUGACGUGCUCAUCAUCGACCAGCUUGGCUGCCUGGUCAUCACCGGAAACCAAUACAUUUACCAGGAGGUGUGGAAUCUCUUCCAGCAGAUCAGCGUGAAGGCCAGCUCUGUUGUGUACUCUGCCACCAAGGAUUACAAGGACCACGGCUACAGGCACUGCUCGCUGGCUGUGAUCAAUGCCCUGGCCAACAUCGCGGCCAACAUCCAGGAUGAGCACCUGGUGGACGAGCUGCUCAUGAACCUGCUGGAGCUGUUUGUGCAGCUGGGGCUGGAGGGCAAGCGGGCCAGCGAGAGGGCCAGCGAGAAGGGGCCUGCCCUGAAGGCCUCCAGCAGCGCGGGGAACCUGGGCGUCCUCAUCCCUGUGAUCGCUGUGCUCACCCGGCGGUUGCCGCCCAUCAAAGAAGCGAAGCCACGGUUGCAGAAGCUCUUCCGGGAUUUCUGGCUCUAUUCCGUGCUGAUGGGAUUCGCCGUGGAGGGUUCAGGACUCUGGCCGGAAGAGUGGUACGAGGGCGUCUGUGAAAUAGCCACCAAGUCCCCCCUGCUCACCUUUCCCAGCAAAGAGCCCCUGCGGUCUGUCCUCCAGUACAACUCAGCCAUGAAGAACGACACAGUCACCCCCGCCGAGCUGAGCGAGCUCCGUAGCACCAUCAUCAACCUGCUGGACCCGGCCCCCGAGGUGUCUGCCCUCAUCAACAAGCUGGACUUCGCCAUGUCCACCUACCUUCUGUCCGUUUACCGGCUGGAGUACAUGAGGGUCCUGCGCUCGACAGAUCCUGACCGCUUCCAGGUAAUGUUCUGCUACUUUGAGGAUAAAGCUAUUCAGAAAGACAAAUCUGGGAUGAUGCAGUGCGUGAUCGCCGUUGCCGACAAGGUGUUCGACGCCUUCCUGAACAUGAUGGCAGAUAAAGCCAAGACCAAGGAGAACGAGGAGGAGCUGGAGCGCCAUGCGCAGUUCCUGCUGGUGAACUUCAACCACAUCCACAAGCGCAUCCGGAGGGUGGCCGACAAGUACCUGUCCGGGCUGGUGGACAAGUUCCCCCACUUGCUCUGGAGCGGGACGGUGCUGAAGACCAUGCUGGACAUCCUGCAGACCCUGUCGCUGUCGCUGAGCGCCGAUAUUCACAAGGACCAGCCUUACUACGACAUUCCGGACGCCCCCUAUCGCAUUACCGUUCCCGACACCUGCGAAGCGCGAGAGAGCAUCGUCAAGGACUUCGCUGCGCGCUGUGCGAUGAUCCUGCAGGAGGCCAUGAAGUGGGCACCCACGGUCACCAAGUCUCACCUACAGGAAUACCUGAACAAACACCAGAACUGGGUGUCGGGGCUGUCGCAGCACACGGGGCUGGCCAUGGCCACCGAGAGCAUCCUUCAGUUUGCCAGCUACAACAAGCAGAACACCACCCUUGGGGCGACUCAGCUCACGGAGCGGCCAGCCUGCGUGAAGAAGGACUACUCCAACUUCAUGGCAUCCCUCAACCUGCGCAACCGCUACGCAGGCGAGGUGUACGGGAUGAUCCGCUUCUCAGACGCCACAGGCCAGACGUCUGACCUGAACAAGAUGAUGGUCCAGGAGCUGAAGGCAGCACUGGGCGCGGGUGACCCUCAGCACUACACAGAGGCCAUGUUCAAGCUGACGGCCAUGCUCAUCAGCAGCAAAGACUGUGACCCGCAGCUCCUCCAUCACCUGUGCUGGGGUCCCCUCCAGAUGUUCAACGAGCACGGCAUGGAGACGGCCCUGGCCUGCUGGGAGUGGCUGCUGGCCGGCAAGAACGGAGUGGAAGUGCCGUUCAUGCGGGAGAUGGCGGGGGCCUGGCAGAUGACAGUGGAGCAGAAGUUCGGCCUGUUUUCUGCGGAGAUAAAGGAAGCAGACCCCCUGGCUGCGUCGGAAGCCAGUCAGCCCAAACCCUGUGCCCCCGAGGUGACCCCUCACUGCAUCUGGAUCGAUUUCCUGGUGCAGCGGUUCGAGAUUGCCAAGUACUGCAGCUCUGACCAGGUGGAGAUCUUCUCCAGCCUACUGCAGCGGUCCAUGUCUCUGAGCAUCGGGGGCACUGCGGGGAGCAUGAACCGGCAUGUGGCGGCCAUCGGGCCCCGCUUCAAGCUGCUGACCCUCGGCCUGACCCUCCUGCACGCAGACGUGCUUCCCAAUGCGACCAUCCGCAACGUGCUCCGCGAGAAGAUCUACUCCACUGCCUUCGACUACUUCAGUUGUCCCCCAAAGUUCCCUACGCAGGGAGAGAAGAGGCUGCGUGAGGACAUAAGCAUAAUGAUUAAGUUCUGGACCGCCAUGUUCUCAGAUAAGAAGUACCUGACCGCCAGCCAGCUCGUUCCCCCAGAUAACCAGGACACCCGGAGCAACCUGGACAUAGCGGUCGGCUCACGCCAGCAGGCUACACAGGGCUGGAUCAACACCUACCCGCUGUCUAGCGGCAUGUCCACCAUCUCCAAGAAGUCAGGCAUGUCCAAGAAGACCAACCGGGGCUCCCAGCUGCACAAGUACUACAUGAAGCGCCGGACACUGCUGCUGUCCCUGCUGGCCACUGAGAUCGAGCGUCUCAUCACGUGGUACAACCCACUGUCAGCCCCGGAGCUAGAGCUGGACCAGGCCGGAGAGAGCAGCGUGGCCAACUGGAAGUCCAAGUACAUCAGCCUGAGCGAGAAGCAGUGGAAGGACAAUGUGAACCUCGCCUGGAACAUCUCUCCUCAUCUGGCCGUGCAACUGCCAGCCAGGUUCAAAAACACAGAAGCUAUCGGCAACGAGGUGACCCGUCUGGUUCGCUUGGACCCAGGAGCCGUUAGUGACAUCCCCGAAGCCAUCAAGUUCCUGGUCACCUGGCACACCAUUGACGCCGAUGCCCCCGAGCUCAGCCAUGUGCUGUGCUGGGCGCCCACAGACCCGCCCACAGGCCUGUCCUACUUCUCCAGCAUGUACCCGCCGCACCCGCUCACAGCGCAGUACGGGGUCAAAGUCCUACGGUCCUUCCCGCCGGAUGCCAUCCUGUUCUACAUCCCCCAGAUCGUGCAGGCCCUCAGGUAUGACAAGAUGGGCUAUGUGCGGGAGUAUAUUCUGUGGGCGGCAUCCAAGUCCCAGCUCCUGGCACACCAAUUCAUCUGGAACAUGAAGACGAACAUCUAUGUGGAUGAAGAGGGGCACCAGAAAGACCCUGACAUUGGCGACCUCCUGGAGCAGCUGGUGAAAGAGAUCACAAGCUCCCUGUCUGGCCCGGCCAAGGACUUCUACCAGCGGGAAUUCGACUUCUUCAACAAGAUCACUAAUGUGUCAGCCAUCAUCAAGCCCUACCCUAAAGGUGACGAGAGGAAGAGGGCUUGUCUGUCGGCUCUGUCUGAAGUGAAGGUGCAGCCUGGGUGUCCUCUUGGAGAAGCGUCUGCGGGAGGCGGUGGCCCCAUGUGGAACGUCAGGAUGGGUCCAGGGAAACAGCACAGAGUCAGGGAUGACGGCCUUACCGGCCUCGGAACAAGGAGUCGGCGGUGCCGCAGGCAAGGCCCUCAAGGCCUCAGCACAGCCCCGUCUGCUGGGAAAGCCUCAUCCUGCUUGGGCCCUGGGAUGUCCCUUCUGUCCCUCACAGGCUGCUACCUGCCCAGCAACCCCGAGGCCAUCGUGCUGGACAUCGACUACAAGUCCGGGACGCCCAUGCAGAGCGCUGCAAAGGCCCCGUAUUUGGCUAAGUUCAAGGUGAAACGAUGCGGAGUUAGUGAACUUGAGAAGGAAGGUCUGCGGUGCUGCUCAGACUCCGAGGAUGAGGGCAGCACACAGGAGGCCGAUGGCCAGAAAAUCUCCUGGCAAGCAGCCAUCUUCAAAGUGGGAGACGACUGCCGGCAGGACAUGCUGGCCCUGCAGAUCAUCGACCUCUUCAAAAACAUCUUCCAGCUAGUUGGCCUGGAUCUCUUCGUCUUCCCGUACCGGGUGGUGGCCACCGCCCCUGGGUGCGGGGUGAUCGAGUGCAUCCCUGACUGUACCUCUCGGGACCAGCUGGGCCGCCAGACCGACUUUGGCAUGUACGACUAUUUCACGCGCCAGUACGGGGAUGAGUCCACGCUGGCCUUCCAGCAGGCGCGCUAUAACUUCAUCCGCAGCAUGGCUGCCUACAGCCUCCUGCUGUUCCUGCUGCAGAUCAAGGACCGGCACAACGGCAACAUCAUGCUGGACAAGAAGGGCCACAUCAUCCACAUCGCUGAUCCCAAAACGAUGGCUCUUUGGGGUAUUGCAGACUUUGGCUUCAUGUUUGAAAGCUCCCCGGGUGGCAACCUCGGCUGGGAACCAGACAUCAAGCUGACAGACGAGAUGGUGAUGAUCAUGGGGGGCAAGAUGGAGGCCACCCCCUUCAAGUGGUUCAUGGAGAUGUGUGUCCGCGGCUACCUGGCCGUGCGGCCCUACAUGGACGCCGUUGUCUCUCUGGUCACUCUCAUGCUGGACACGGGCCUUCCCUGCUUCCGCGGCCAGACAAUCAAGCUCUUGAAGCACAGGUUCAGCCCCAACAUGACAGAGCGAGAGGCCGCAAAUUUCAUCCUGAAGGUCAUUCAGAGCUGCUUCCUCAGCAACAGGAGCCGGACCUAUGACAUGAUCCAGUACUAUCAGAACGACAUCCCCUACUGAGGGGCAGAGUGCCGCAAUCACUGCCUGCUGCUGCACACGGCCUGCCACUUCAUCCGAUGGACAGAUGGGCUGAGAUGCCCCUGCAGAGCCCGGCAACCCGCUGCCUCCCGAGGUGUCGCCUACAUGGCCCGUGCGGCUGGAAUGACAAUCAGAGCCAGUCUCUGCACAGGUGUGAGCUAUGCUUGCACUGGACACAUUCCCUGCCUGUCUUGUCUCAGAGGUACAUGAAGUAUUUUCUUGUGUAUAAAAAAUGGGAAAAUUAUAUUUAACCUAAGAUUCAACCAACGUAAACAAAAUAAAAACAAAAAAACUG